CGGAUAUAAACGUCAUAUGGGAGCACAACAUGAGGUACUUUGGAUUCAGAUUCAGAUAUAUAGAGGACAAGCUUCAUUUCUUUGGUUUCAUCAAGACACGAGUUAAACGACACCGCAUUAGACCAUACCCUGUGAGUUCUGUGAGUUCUGCAACUGCGCUAUAAUAUAAAUCAUUCCUUCACCAUGUCGUCGGUACCCAAGACAACGGAGAGCUGGGUGAUUGAGGGGAAGAAUGGAUUCGAAAGCCUGAAACUGCAGAAAGAUCGGCCGGUGCCCGAGGUUGGCGACUAUGAUUGCGUGGUACAGAUCCACGCCGUGUCUCUGAACUAUCGGGAUCUGAUUAUUCCAAAGGGCAUGUACCCCUUCGCGCUUUCACUCCCGGUAGUUCCAUGUUCAGACGGUGCCGGAACCGUGAUAGCCGUCGGCAAAAAAGUGACCGAGUUCAAAGUCGGGGACAAAGUAUGCACUCUUUUCAACCAGCUACACCAGGCCGGACCGAUCACGCCGCGCGCCAUGCCCACGGGGCUAGGUGGUGCCAUUGACGGAACGCUUCGCAAAGUGGCCGUUUUUCCAGAACACGGUCUAGUUGCUGCCCCGAAGAACCUAUCACCAGUCGAAGCGAGCACAUUGACAUGUGCACCGGUGACGGCAUGGAACGCCCUGUACGGUCUACAAUCCAAGGCCAUCAAGCCCGGCGACUGGGUUCUGACGCAGGGAACGGGCGGUGUGAGCCUUGCGGCGAUCCAGUUCGCCGUGGCUGCAGGAGCCAAAGUGAUUGCCACGACCAGCUCGGAUGAGAAAGCCAAAAAGCUCAAAGACCUCGGUGCCACCCAUGUCAUCAACUACAAGACCACGCCGAACUGGGGCGAGGUAGCCAAAUCUUUGACUCCGAACGGCGAAGGUGUCGACCACGUUGUCGAGGUCGGCGGCGCAGGAACCUUGGAACAGUCGUUGAAGGCGGUCAAACUCGAGGGCGUUAUUAGUAUUAUUGGUUUCCUCGGUGGCACCAACAAGCAAGAUAUGCCGGGUUUGCUGGAUGCUCUCAACAAUCUAUGCACCGUCAGAGGUAUCCUGGUCGGCUCGAAGCAGCAGUUCCAGGAGAUGAACCGCGCCAUUGAGGCCAACGAUAUCCAUCCGGUCGUGGACUCAAAUACCUUCAAGUUUGAAAAUGCCCUCGAUGCUUACCAGUAUCAGUGGGAUCAGAAGCAUUUCGGCAAGGUUGUGAUUGAGGUAUGAGCGACAUAUCAAAGGCAACGGCCGGCUCAUGAAUAUUUAUUGAAUGCAGUCUGGUACAAAGCAGCUAGACGUAUAUAUACUGUAUAUAUCAUUUAAUACAUCGACCGAACAUCCUGUGUCCAUCCCACAA